UCUAGUUCUAGGGUUUCGGAGGAACCGUUUGGUGGUGAGGUGGCGGCGGGGAACGGAAGAGGUUAAUCACAUCACGUCGGUGCAGAGAAGGAAGCCCGGCAAACCUAACAGAAAAAAGUACUCGAUCCAUCUCAUCUCGUGGUGAGGAUUUUAUAGCAUCUAAAUUGGGUCGACCCGGAAUGUUGAAUCGGGUUUGGAUACCCUCGUGUUGGGUCGGGUUCUUAGUUUAAUAAGCUGAAGAAGAAGUCUGCGCUCUGGUCAAGACUCUUCCGAACGCGGUGGUCGAUCGAUCGAUCCAUCCAUCCAUCCAUCUCUAGAGAGAGAGAGAACGGGACGAACUCAAGAGUCGGAAUUCGCUCGAAACCGUACCGUAUCCGAAUUCAACUCAUGCCUGCCGCCGAGUUCUUCCCCGGAUAAGUGAAAUGACGUCGUCGUUGACCUUAUCGGCGGUGGACUCAAUCCAAGCCUCAUUAUCCGAAAUCUGCGCCACCGACGACGACCACUCCUACUGCUGGGAAAACCCUAGGCGGUUCUCCGGCUACGCGAAACGACUCCGGUCGGUCUUGAACCAGUUGCUCCGGUCUUCUUCCUCGCCGGAAAAUCUGCCUCCGUCGGUCCAGACCUCGCUCAAGGGGACCUCCGCAGAUCUGACAAAGGCGGCCGAGAUUCUGUCGGUGUAUCGGAACAAGAGCAAGAUCUUCGUCCUCAUCAACUGUCAGUCUUUGUCUUCUUCUCUCCAGGACCACACUGUCGCAAUUGGAGGAUGGCUGUCUUUGCUCGAUUCUGCUCUUCCCGAGAUCCCCGAUCUUCGCAAGAAGGUCUCCGAUCUUUCCAGAGACAUGAAGCAAGCUCAAUUUAGAGUGACAGAGAAUGAAGAGAGAGUGUACUGUACAUUACAGAAAGAAGGACAAGGAAGGCAAACCAGCAAAGCUGUACAAAGUGCUAUAAUCAUGGAUUUGGCGCGAGCUCUCGGAAUUGACUCCAAUGAUCAUGCGGAGUUAUCGGAACAGGUUAAGCUCUUGAAGAACGAUCUAACCCGCUCCAAUUCAGUUUCAGAGAGGCGAAUUUUGAUGUCUCUGGAGAAAAUUAUGGACAAUUGGUCUAUGGAGCCCAACAUUUUGUCUCACAGUUUCAAUCUAGAUUUCGAUGACGAUACUCAAAUUGCCCCAUUCAAAAACUUCCUUUGCCCAUUGACUAAGGAGGUGAUGAAGAAUCCGGUAGUUUUGGAAUCGUCUCAGACUUACGAAAGGACCGCCAUUGAGUACUGGUUCGAGCGCUGUAUAGACGAUUGUCGCGAUCCGACUUGUCCUGUAACCGGACAGGUUCUCAACUCUUUGGAGCUGAAACCAAACAUUGGGUUGGCUGGAGCCAUUGAAGAGUGGAUUAAUAGGAAUGUUGAGAUUCAGAUUAAGUCGGCUGUACAGUGUCUUAGUGAGGAGUCACCUUCGGUGGAUUGCGUGGAACAAGUUUUGGAUAACAUGUAUAGGAUUUCAGAAGAGCAUCCCUCUAGCAGAUACAGAGUGAGGAAUGCUGGGAUAGUUGUUCUCAUGGUUAAAGUGCUCAAGAACUGUUCAAAGAGUAUUGGAUCACAAUUCAGAAGCAAAGCUCUUAUGGCUCUGCAUAGCAUGUCCAAGGAUGAAGAAAGUAAGAAAAUAAUGCUUGAAGAGGGUAUCACUAGAUCUGCUAUACAUAGCCUUAUUGGGAGCUCAGAGAAAGAGAGAGAGUACGCUGUCCGGUUAUUGCUGGAAUUUUCAAAAGAUAAAGCUUAUUGUGCAAAUAUUGCUUCAGAGAAAGGGGCAUUAGUUCUGCUUUCAAGCAUGGCAGGAAAUCUAGAGUGUCCUGCUCUGUCUAAUUUGGCUGAAGAAGUUUUAAAGAGGAUGGAGACAGUGGAGGAUAAUGUUCAGCAUUUAGCAGCAGCAGGAAGAUUUGAGCCUUUGCUCAGUCGUCUAUGUGAAGGUCCUGAUGAUGUUAAAAUUGAGAUGGCAUCAUUGGUGGGAAGGAUGACCUUGACAAAUAGCAGUAAAGAACAAAUUGCUCGGCAAAGUUCUACAAUACUAGUUAAACUGCUAUCUAAGCGAGAAGGAAGUGCUCCAAGCUUGCAAGCUUUGUAUAAUCUGUCAUCCUUGGAUGACAAUGCAACCAUCCUCGUUGAUUCAGCUGUGCUUCCAGCCCUUACAGAUAUUCUUUUUGAAAAUCAAGACGCACCACCAGAGGUCAAAGCCUUGGCUGCAUCAACAAUUGCAAAAAUAGUAUCAAAACCUGGACACUGGGAAUUAGCAUCUGUGGACAAGCAAGGGAAUUCAAUGCAGUCGGAAUCAAUUGUCCGUAGUCUUUUGGGUCUCUUAUCUCUUGCAUGUCCUCAAUGUCAGUUGGCUAUUCUCCAGAUUCUGUAUGGAAUGGCAACCUCUCCCCAGGCAGCAGAAUCAGUUACAGCUCAUAUAAAAUCUGGAGAUGGAUUCAAAACCAUAAUAACAUUUCUUGAACACCCGGAAGGUGAACACAGAAUCUAUGCUUUGAAGCUUGCAAGAGUCCUUUCUGAAAGGUUCGGUGAAGAUCUUGCCAGCGAGCUUAAAACUUGUAACAAAAUUUAUUUGUUUAAAGAUAAACUAUCAGACAAUCAAUCUACAGAUGGUGAGAGAUCCGAUGCUGCCUGCACACUCGCGAAUCUUCCCCUUUCAGAAGAUGACAUAAAAACAGUCCUGGGAACUAGUUUUGUAAGAUGGAAUGUCGCUGCUCUCAAAGACCAUUGCAGUUCCUCCAAUGGUAGAGUUUCCAGACCCAUAUCGAGCAUGGUCGAAGGGCUUCUAGGUCUUUUACUUCACUUUACAAGGAGCCCUGAUCCACAAAUUGUCAAUCUCGUUAAGGAGCAUCGCCUCAUGACCAUCUUCCGUGAUACUCUUAUCCUUAGUUCAAAGCCAAGAGUGAAACAUCUAGCCACCCUUGGUUUGAAAUACCUAUCAGAAUCUGGAAUGGUACUUUUUGCUAAUGGGGACUCGGAACCACAACCUCCACACGGGUUCUGCUCGUUGUUGGUGUUCAUGUGUGGGAGGGCCUCUCCAUCAAUUUCCAUGUGCCCGAUACACAAUUUCCCAUGUGAAGAAGACAAUCAAUUUUGCUUGUUGAAGAGCCAUUGCAUCAAACCCUUGUCUGAUCUUCUCUCAGAUGAGGUCACCAAUGUUCAAAUCGCUGCAGUUGAAGCACUUUCCACCCUGCUUGUAGUAGAUACUUCCAAUGGUUUGAAGCGAGCAGUUGAGGAGCUCGAUCAGCUAGGUGUAGUCGAUGCUGGGAUAAAGCUUUUCACAGAAGCUCGACCCGGGGAGCUUCAAGAGAAGGCAAUUUGGAUGGUGGAGAGAAUGUUGAGAGUAGAAGGCCUUACCCAACCGUAUGCGCUGAACCAGGCUUUGGUAAGGGCUUUGGUGGAAGCACUUAAGCAUGGAAGUGCAGUAACAAAGAGGUAUGCUCAAGAAGCUCUUACCAACUUGAAGCAGAUUUCAGGGGUUAGUGGAAAGCCAUCGAGUCAGAAUCGGGGGCGAAGAUAGUUAGCAGUUGUUGGCUGAGAAACAAAAUUGUAUUUACCCUUUAUAGAUGUUGUAUCAGAAAAUCACACGAUCUUGUAGCUCUCAAGAACAGCAUAACCUUGUAUUAUAGUCAGAGAAAUAACAUUUGUCUGUCACAUAGGAAUAUUGGAAAUAUUGUAUAUUAUCUUAGACAGCAAUUGUUUGUUGAGUUUGGCAGAAUCUGUGUUCAACAAUUCAAUGGUCCCGUUUGGUA